UAUCUAAGUGCCUUAAAAUGAAUAAUUAGUCGCCCAUUUGCUUAUCAUAACUUGGCCUGGGCGCGGCUUAUGCAUCGCUCCAGCCGCGCCUUUUCCUGUCACAACGGAACGGCCGUGCGUACGGACUGCGGGUCAGCUGACAGCUACCAGAGCAGCAGGGAAAAGAAACGAAGCUUGCGUGUGAAUGAGUUGGGAAUACGCUUGGCACUCGAGGCUGAGCUUGGCGCAAAGCAGUGGCGGCUUUCGUGAGAUAAUCGGGGAGGAGUUUGGUUUCACCAUGGCACGCUGGGAGUGAGAAGCAGCCACAAUGAUUGGAGGACUGUUCAUCUACAACCACAAAGGGGAGGUCCUCAUCUCCCGCGUCUACCGAGAUGACAUUGGGCGUAACGCCGUGGACGCGUUCCGUGUGAACGUGAUUCACGCCCGACAGCAGGUUCGGUCCCCGGUGACCAACAUUGCCCGCACCAGCUUCUUCCACGUCAAACGCUCCAAUAUUUGGUUAGCGGCCGUCACCAAGCAGAAUGUCAACGCUGCCAUGGUGUUUGAGUUCCUUUACAAAAUGUGUGACGUAAUGACGGCCUACUUUGGCAAGAUCAGCGAGGAGAACAUCAAGAACAACUUUGUGCUCAUCUAUGAGCUGCUUGAUGAGAUCCUGGACUUUGGCUACCCCCAGAACUCAGAGACUGGUGCCCUGAAGACCUUCAUCACCCAGCAGGGCAUUAAAGGACAAUAUCAGACAAAAGAAGAGCAGUCUCAGAUCACCAGCCAGGUGACGGGACAGAUCGGCUGGCGGCGUGAGGGCAUCAAAUAUCGCCGCAACGAGCUCUUCCUGGAUGUACUGGAAAGUGUCAAUCUACUCAUGUCACCUCAAGGUCAAGUCCUGAGCGCCCACGUGUCGGGCCGAGUUGUGAUGAAGAGCUACCUGAGUGGAAUGCCAGAGUGCAAGUUCGGCAUGAACGACAAGAUCGUCAUCGAUAAACAGGGCAAGGGAGGAGCAUCUGAUGAUGCAGGAAAGAGUGAUUUAGGGGGAGGAAGUGGGAAGCAGUCCAUAGCGAUUGAUGACUGCACUUUCCACCAGUGUGUGCGUCUCAGUAAGUUUGACUCUGAGCGCAGCAUCAGCUUCAUCCCUCCUGAUGGAGAGUAUGAACUCAUGAGAUAUCGCACUACUAAAGACAUCAUCCUUCCGUUCCGAGUGAUUCCUCUGGUCAGGGAGGUGGGCCGCACUAAACUGGAAGUUAAAGUGGUCAUCAAGUCUAACUUCAAACCCUCCCUGCUGGCUCAGAAGAUUGAGGUGCGAAUCCCAACACCCCUCAACACCAGCGGUGUGCAGGUGAUUUGCAUGAAGGGAAAAGCCAAAUACAAGGCCAGUGAGAACGCCAUUGUCUGGAAGAUCAAACGCAUGGCUGGAAUGAAGGAAUCUCAGAUCAGUGCUGAGAUUGAGCUGCUGCCCACUAACGACAAGAAGAAAUGGGCCAGGCCUCCCAUCUCUAUGAACUUUGAGGUUCCUUUUGCUCCAUCUGGCCUGAAGGUGCGCUACUUGAAGGUGUUUGAGUCAAAGCUCAACUACAGUGACCACGAUGUUAUUAAAUGGGUGCGGUACAUCGGCCGCUCUGGCAUCUAUGAAACCCGCUGCUGAAUUUCCACCCUACCAGGCAGCAAACUGACCACUUCCCCUCCCGUCUAACCUGUUAAGAAUGUUUUCUUCUUCCCUCUUCUCCCUACAUUGUCUUUGUUCUUCCCUCAGUCAUCACUUCUCCUCUAUUAUCCCUUCUUAACUAGGUGUCGGAGAUUGAAUUUACAUCAGUUUAAAAAAAAAAUUUAAAAAAAGUAAAUAAGGUGUAAUGCACAGAUAUAUGCAAAAUGUGAACCAUUGUAUCGUAUAUAUCUAGUAGUGAUGAGUACAGUUGUAAGCCAUCUGGUGUCUGAAAGAAAAAGACAAGUGAAGCUGGGGUCUCAGGGGGAGAUGUCUUAAGGUUUGAAUGAGUGGUCAGAUUGUUCAGUGUUAUUGUUCUAUCCACAUCUCUAUCGUUAAAAGUCCUUAACGUAAGUUCUCCCUGAUAAGGCACUUUGUCGCUGCCUUUAAGAUGAGUCCAGAUAGUUUCUAUUUACAACAUGUAUGCCAGUACAGUUUACCCUCUGAAUAAAUUAACUGAUUUUUGUUUCUGGAUAGUAGCCAUGUAGACCCUGUGUAUCUCUUCCCUGAGAGGGUAAAAUCAUUCCCAGCUUUCUGUUUUGGUAUUAGAUACAGAAAUUACAUUGAUUUUUAUACUGUUGCAUGUUAUGUUAUGUCGGGUCAUUUGAGGUUAGACCAUCAUCCUCAUUAGCAUAUUGUGACUCAUUCCCCCAAAUAUUUUAUAAGCACUAAGAUGAUCAUUGUCACACUAUUUUUGAUUCAGAGAUAAGUCCGCAGGGUUUGCAACAGGGUGAGGCCUCCCCCUGGUGUUUGCUUCGACUGUCUGCUUCUGCUUGUUUGUAGCCCUGGUGACCGUUCUGUCCAAUAAAAUCUAUGUAACCAAA